AUGACUUCUCAGUACUUCUCCAUGUCUGAGCAUGUAUCUUUUGAGGAACACCCCAAAACAAAGAUAGUUGAUGAACCUAUUGCAAUGACAAAGAACUACCAGCAUGUCCUGUCCUUGGCAUUUGCUGUGAAAGAGAUCAAUGAGAAUCCCAAAAUCGUGCCCAACCUCACCUUGGGGUUCCGUAUCUAUGACAGCCACUUUGAUGCAAGGAUAACUUAUCAGAACACCUUGAACCUUCUCUUUCAUCAGAAUAGGACUAUCCCCAACUAUGAAUGUGACACAAAGAGGAAUCCAGUAGCUGUCAUUGGGGGACUUGGUUCUGAAACCUCCGGCCACAUGGCCUCUAUUUUAGGCAUGUACAAGAUCCCACAGGUAACAUAUUGCUUAUACGAUCCAGCAGCACAUGAUAAAACUCAACAAUUAUAUCGAGUUGUGCUCAAUGAAUUAUAUCUGUACAGAAGCAUCAUCCAGCUUCUUCAGCAUUUUCACUGGAAUUGGGUUGGGAUCAUUGCCAAGAAUGAUGACAAAGGAGAAAAGUUUGUGCAGACUAUGGAACACAUGCUUUCCCAGAACGGAAUCUGUGCUGCCUUCAUAGACAGAAUUCCAAGCCAGAGUAGCAUCUGGGGCACUCUUGAUUUGUUAGACAUCUUCCAGAAUAUGACCUUUGCUCAAAACAAGACAGGUGUCAAUGUGUUUAUUGUAAGUGCGGACUCUCACAGCAUGCUAUGUUUGCAAGUGGGACUGAGUAUGAUUGAACCAGAUGCGAUGGCACCAAUACAGAAAGUGUGGGUUAUGACAGCUCAUUGGGAAUUCUCCUCAGAGACAUUUCACAGACACAUUGAUAUCCAGAUCUUCUAUGGUGCCUUAUCCUUUGCAGUUCACUCCAAUGAGGUUCACGGAUUCCAACAUUUCCUUCAGAGCCUGGAUCCUCGCUCUAGAGAGGAUGGUUUUAUCAAGAUCUUCUGGGAACAGUCAUUCAACUGUUUAUUUCCAGAUACUGAUGUGGGUAAAGAGAGCACUAAUACUUGCACUGGGGAAGAGAAGCUUGAGAGUCUUCCUGGGCCCUUUUUUGAAAUGCACAUGACCAGCCAAAGCUACAGCAUUUACAAUGCUGCCUAUGCUGUGGCAUAUGCUUUACAUGCCAUGCAUUUGUCUAGAAGCAAACACAGAGCAAUGGAAGGUAGAGACAAUCUGGAGUCUUUUAAACCAGAACAAUUUCAGCUUCACCCUUUCCUGAGAAGAAUCUCAUUUAACAACAGUGCAGGGGACAAGGUGUCUUUUAAUGAGAAUGGUGAAGUAGAAGCUGGAUUUGAUAUUGUCAACUGGAUUACUUUCCCAAACCAAUCCUUUUUAAGAGUGAAGGUAGGAAGAAUGGACCCUAAAGCUCCAGAGGGCAGAGAAUUCUCCAUUAAUGAGACCAUCAUCACUUGGCACAGCAGAUUUAAUCAGGUUGUGCCUCGUGCUGUGUGCAAUGACAACUGCCAUCCAGGCUACAGCAAAGAAAGGAAAGAGGGCAAGCCAUUUUGCUGCUACGGUUGUACUAAAUGCUCAAAAGGAAAAUUUUCAAACUAUAAAGAUAUGAAUGCAUGUUUCCAGUGCCCAGAUGCUCAGUUUUCAAACAAGGAACAAAAUGGAUGUCUCCCAAAGCGUCUCAAUUUCCUCUCUUUUGAUGGACCUCUGGGUGUCAGUUUAGCCCUUUUGGCUCUCUUUCUUUCUCUGACCACAGCCGUGAUACUUGGAAUUUUCAUCAAGCACCGGAAUACUCCCAUUGUCAAGGCCAACAAUCGGAACCUCUCCUAUUUUCUUCUUCUUGCUCUCUUGCUCUGCUUCCUUUGCUCCUUACUAUUCAUUGGCCGGCCUCAACCACUCACCUGCUUUCUACGUCAAACUGCUUUUGGUAUUGUCUUUUCAGUGGCUGUUUCUUCUGUGUUGGCCAAAACCAUCACUGUGGUACUGGCAUUCAUAGCCACCAAACCGGGAUCCAAAAUGAGAAAAUGGGUGGGGACAAGGUUUGCAAACUCUGUUGUUCUCUGCUGCUCCUUUACUCAAGCAGGUAUUUGCAUGGCAUGGCUGUGGACUGCCCCUCCUUUCCCAGAUGUUGACAUGCACUCUUUGGCUGAAGAAAUCAUACUGGAAUGCAAUGAAGGAUCAACCCAGAUGUUCUAUUGUGUUCUGGGCUACAUGGGAUUUCUGGCUCUUGCAAGCUUUAUUAUGGCUUUCCUGGGGAGAAAACUUCCUGACACUUUUAAUGAAGCCAAGUUUAUCACUUUCAGCAUGUUGGUAUUUUGCAGUGUUUGGGUUUCUUUUGUUCCAACUUAUCUAAGUACUAAAGGAAAAUACAUGGUGGCUGUGGAGAUUUUCUCCAUCUUGGCCUCCAGUGCUGGGUUACUGGGUUGUAUCUUUUGUCCAAAAUGUUACAUUAUUAUCCUAAGGCCUGAACUAAAUAAAAAGGAUCAGCUAAUAAGACGAAAUUACUAG